AUGUCAGACAUAAAGGUCGAGUCGGCUGUCUCCAGGAAGGCCCCUGCUGCUCCCCUGGAGGCCUCCGAGGGGGAUGCCGCCAUGGCGUCUCAGGUGGUGGGCCCGGGCAGCGGCGGGGUCAGCGAGCCCGCGCCGGGCGACCUCCGGGCCGCUGCCCUCUCCGCCCGGGCGCGCUUCCCGUGGCGCAGACUGGCGACCGGAGCGGAGCACAUGCAGAUGAAACCAGGGGCCUUGCGGUUGAAGCCGCGGCGGAGGCGACAGCGGAGCGCGCCCGAGUGCAUCGUCAGCAUCGCCGCCCACAGGAGGGUGGCGCUGGCUCUCGAGGCCGCCACGCACCACCUGCUGGCAGCGGAGGACGCGCUGCGGUCCAAGGUGGUACAGGAGUGGGUGCGCAGCGGCACGUUCUUCCACUGGAGCAACCCCUCGCCCAUGUUCCUGCUGGUGCUGGAGUGGCGCCGCCGCAGCUGGUGCUGCCGGCACACGGACUGGGUGUUCGGCGGCGAGCCCUCGCUGCAGGAGCGCCUGGAGAGCUGA